GAGAGAGAGAGAGAUUGAAGGAAGAAAGGAGCUGAAUGUACUAGCUUGUACUAGCUUAUACUAGUUCUAAAAAACGGCAUCAAGUAAAGUGCAAACGUGACUAUUCUCAGACUUUUUUCUGAUUUACAGAAAACAAUUUGAAAAUUAAUAAGGAGAACGAGAUGGGUAAUUUUAUACGCAUAUUGACUCAAAAAGGAUAUACGAUGCAGAUUAUCUCGGCAUUAAAACAGAGGAACCUAAGAAAACAAAGUUUCUUUCCAUUGAAGAUUUUGAUCUCAAGGAGUUUGAGGCCUACAUGGGUUGGAGGCCUUCAAAAAUGAUUGAACCAGCAGAAGAUUUAAAUCUCAUAAAGAAAGAAAUUAAUCCAUUGGAUGAGAUAAUGAAAAAAAGUAUUAUUACACCUGGUUUUGAGAAAUUACGGUUUGUACCUCCUUAUGAAUUAAGCAAACGCCAACUGAAAGCUCAUAAACGACAUGAGAAGCGAAAAGCUGGAACAGGUGCGGAAUGGUUUAACAUGCGUGCACCUUAUAUAACACCAGAGAUUAAACAUGAUCUUGAAGUGUUGCAAAUGAGAUCAGCAUUGGAUCCAAAACAUUUUUACAAGAAGAAUGACAGGAUAGGAUUGCCAAAACAUUUCCACAUUGGCAAAAUUAUGGAUUCUCCAGUGGAUUAUUACUCUGCACGUCUCACAAAGAAGGAGCGCAAGAAAACAAUUGUCGACGAGCUCAUGACUGAUGCAGAAUUUACAAAAUAUAAUAAGCGCAAAUAUAAAGAGAUUAUUGAAGAAAAGAAGAAGUCUCACUACAAAGCACACAAACACGCGAAGAAGCUUAAAGGGAAAAAAAAGUAAUUUAUUAUCAUUGUAUCACAAAACUUUCUUCUUUUUAGAAGUGUACAAUAUGCAGGGAUUAUAUAUUUAUAGUAAUUUCACAUGUAUAAAUUUACAUGUAAGAUGUAAUGUAAAUUUAUCAGGUCAAUCUCAUUUCCCUCCAGUAAUAUCAAUAUCUGCUCCAUUGACAUAGGAACUAUUGUCAGAAACUAAAAAUGCAAUUAACUCUGCCACUUCUUGUGGUUGUCCUGAUCUCCUAAGUGCUAUUUGUUUUAAGAAUCCCUGUUUUUCCUCAUCUGAUAAAGAUAAGACCAUAGGAGUUUCUAUAUAACCAGGCAGUACAGUGUUGACUCGAAUCCCUAACCUGUAAAGAACAGACAAUUUAAAUUGUAUGAAUAAGAGAAGAAAUAUUUUAAGUAAAUGCUUUAAUAUUUGUAUAUGAAGACAUACUUUCCAAAUUCUUUAGAAGCAGUUUUGGUUAUAGAUAUUACUCCAGCUUUUGUUGCACUAUAGAUGCCAAGCAUAGGAAAUGUCUGCUUGGCUACAAUUGAACUGAUAUUGACAAUUGAAGAACCCUUUGUUGUAUCUGCUUCUAUCAUUGCUUUGACAGCAGCUUGCAUAACCAAGAAAAUACCCUUCAAAUUAACAUUGAUUAUUUCAUCAAAAUCCUUGUCAGUGAAGUUUAUUAUGUGUCCACGUGUUAUAAUCCCUGCAGAAUUCACAAUGAUGGUAGGUGGCUUGGAGAAUUGCUUUUUGACAUCUUUAAAAGUUGUUUCAACACUUGCUCGCUCAGCGACUUGCAUAUGCAGAGCAACAUGACCUGUACCUGUAAUAAUAAACAUACCACUGUAAGAAUGAGAGAAUAAUAUAAAAGAUAGUUAUAAAGUUA